UGCGCAGAGCGGCGGGGCGCACGUGUCGCGCAGUGAGGGAGCCUCCCCCGAGGCCGGCAUGGCGGAGGCGGAGGCGCAGCAGGUCCGGGUGCAGGAGGCGGUGGACGCCAUGGUCAAGGGGCUGGAGCGGGACAACAUCCGGAAGAUGCAGGGCUCCAUGUUCCGCUGCAGCGCCGGCUGCUGUGACGACUCGCAGGCUUCCAUGCAGCAGGUGCACCGCUGCAUCGAACGCUGCCACGCUCCGCUGGCCCAGGCGCAGGCCCUCGUGACCGGAGAGCUGGAAAAGUUCCAGGACCGGCUGGCCCGCUGCACCAUGCACUGCAACGACAAAGCCAAAGACUCGCUGGACUCCGGAAGCAAGGAGCCGCAGGUGAAACAGCAGCUCAACUCGUGCAUCACCAAGUGUGUGGACGACCACAUGCACCUCAUCCCCACCAUGACCAAGAAGAUGAAGGAGUCCCUGGCCUCCCUGGCCAAGUGAAACCCCCCACCGGGGUACAGCCGGGGGGAGGGGGGGGCCCCGUCCGAAGAGACACGGGGCGGGCGGGAUUCUUUGAAUUGGGAGAUUUACGAAUGAAGAAAUCCAGAGCCGUACCCGGCGGGCCUUGCACUUCUGGGCACGGCCGGGACUGACGGCGUCCGUUUUUGUGAGUCCGCCGGAGGAGCGGAGGGGUCAGAGCAGAAGGAGGUCAGAGGAGGGGUCUCUGAGCAUCCCCUUCCCGAAGUUCUGUCGCCUCCGUCCCCCUCAGAGGGAGGCCGCCGUUAUCCGCUUGGGUCCACGGGGAGGUGGCACGGCCGUCCCUCCCCCCCCCCAGCUCUUCCUCCGCCCCCCGAGGGGGUUGGGGUACUUCCACCUGGGGGACCCCCUUGGCAUCUCCCGCUCUCCGGCAGCGGCCCAAAGAGGAGGGGACGGAGGGCGCUGGGGCGGUUUCGAACCUCAGGAACCAGCAAGGCAGCGGGUUGGUUUGCCAGAAGGGCCUGGGGCCGCCCGCUUGACUUUUCCGCGCGGAAGGCCUCGGUCCGGAAGAAACUCGGAAACCUAAGAGGGGAGGAAGAGGCCCGGGAAGGCGCAUCGUUCCCUGGAUAGGGGGGCCCGCCUGCGCUCAUUCCUCUCAGCGUCGGGGCCGAAUCCUCCCCCGGGGGCUCCCGGACGGCCAGCCGGGCACACGGACGGCCCCGGACGCUCUCGGGUCGACCGGACGCCGUUCCCUCUGGACCGUGUCUUGCUUGGGGUCGUGGAAACCGUCUGGUCGGUGUUCCUAAAAGACUAAUUUCCUAGUGACUUGAUUCCAAAAUAAAUUUUUAGUGCUCUGCGGUUUCCCCUCUCUCCGCAAGCAUUGUUACA